CCCUCUUAACCCGCUCUUCUUUCCCCAUUGCCCACACUUUUCCCUGGGAUUCGGGCUCAGGUGGCCUGGCAAAGGGGGACGGCCGCAGGGUUGUUCAUCAGAGGACAAAGUUGGGAAGGAGGAGAGCCACGUAUGCUGCUUUGAAGUCAUUGGUGGAAAGGUCUGUUUCUGACAUCACAACAUUCUCCCAUCAUGUCAGAGCCUAUAACGCUAAAUGUUGGUGGGAAGUUGUACACAACGUCUCUCUCCACUUUGACCAGUUUUCCAGAUUCCAUGUUGGGCGCCAUGUUUAGCGGGAAGAUGCCAACCAAGAGGGAUGGACAGGGCAACUGUUUUAUUGACAGAGAUGGCAAAGUUUUCCGCUAUAUCCUCAACUUCCUGAGAACUUCCCACCUGGACCUCCCUGAGGACUUCCAAGAGAUGGGCCUCCUUCGACGGGAAGCUGAUUUUUACCAAGUUCAGCCUCUAAUCGAGGCCUUGCAAGAGAAGGAAGUAGAGCUCUCCAAAGCAGAAAAGAACGCCAUGCUCAACAUCACCUUAGACCAGAGGACUCAGACAGUACAUUUCACCGUCCGGGAAGCCCCUCAGAUCUACAGCUUGUCCUCUUCCAAUAUGGAGGUGUUCAACGCUCACAUAUUCAGCACCUCCAGUUUGUUCCUGAAGCUCCUGGGCUCGAAACUGUACUACUGUUUCAAUGGCAACCUCUCCUCCAUAUCCAGCGGCUUGCAGGAUCCCUACCACGUGACCUUAGAUUGGGUGGCAAGCGUGGAGGGCCUGCCGGAAGAAGAGUACACGAGGCAGAACUUAAAGAGGUUAUGGGUCCUUCCAGCCAAGAAGCAAAUCAACAGCUUCCAGGUGUUUGUGGAGGAAGUACUGAAAAUUGCCAUGAGCGAUGGGUUUUGUGUUGACUCCUCCCACCCACACUCUUCAGAUUUCAUGAAUAAUAAGAUUAUCCGCCUCAUUCGAUACAAGUAAACCAAGCUCUCCUGGGGGUCCUUUCUGAAUAACAGCAAUGAUGUGUUGAAGGGAUGUCUUGACUUGAGUUUCACAUGGAGCCUACUUUGCAGGUCAUGCUCUAAUCUGAAUGAUGGCCUACUAACUGGAUGUUAGUGUUCACUUAAUGGACUAACCAAUCUACAUUGAGCCUCUAGAAUGGCAGGGAAUGGGUAUCUCAGCUACAUGGGGGGGUUCCACAGUGCGGCUUGUGGAACCAACAUUAUCCUUUCCCAAGAGGCCUUGUUAGCAAGUGAUGAGUCUCUUUGAUUGACCAGGUUGGCAUUGGUAAUGACAUCAGCACUGGGGGAAAAGGCCCAACUUCUGGGCAUUUUCCACCCCCCCUUUGCAUGUUUGAUGCCUUUCUGCCUGGCAGAGGAGAGGCUGAAAUUACUGCAACAUGGAUCAGGACGGAGAAAUGUUGAAGGAUACAUCAUCGUAAGGGGUCAAGACUGGAAUGAAGCUGGUUUACCUUUGCUCUAGUGGGGGAAAGAAGCAAUAUUUAAUGGUUUACACAGAGACAGAGAUUGGAGAGGUACUACUUUUGUCUAAUGAUAGGUGACUUAUUUUAACCUCUCUUUUCCCUUUGGAAAAGGAUAUUUGUGCAAUUUAACCUAUCAGAAGCAAUGGUAAUGAUGCUAAAAUCCAUGGUGAUAUAUGCCUUCUUUUUUUGCAUGAGUUAAACGCUGCUAAACAUUUCUGAAGGAACGAGAAAUCUGAAAUGAGCAGGGCAUGAUCGAUAUCAAAGCUGAUUCCUGUCUCAUGUACAUAAUACAGUCUGCGGCACAUGGAUAUGACGUGGCUCAGAUCCCUGAGAAUAACAGUCCAUAUUUCUGCUGUUUUCCAAAAAAAUAACCCUGAACGAUCAGUUUAGCAGAUGUGAAGGAAAUAAAGAUGAUACCUUUGUAUUUGGUGCUAUGACUACAGGAGACAGUGGAACAAAGUCCGAUGCUAGGAAUUUCAUGGGAGAUGCCUGUCCAGUCAACAAAAAUUGCUACCCAGAUGUGGCAGGGAAAUGUAGAGUAUUCCUUUAAGCCCAUCCAGGAUGCUUUGACAAAGAUACUAAUUUCCCAGAUGGAGGAGGAGGAGGCAGAGAGAAACAGGGUGGGGAUUCUUUCUAUAACAGCUCAUUUGGGGGAACCUGUAGUGCAAUCAGUUAUAUUCACUUCCCAAUCAGAACCUAAUUCCCUAAACAAAUAGUUUUACUUUUUUUAAAAUCUUAGGUUACCCUUCAUUGCACACUUAUCCAGGAUUGCGCUGUACGGUAAACAGUGGGAGAUACGUCUGAGUGGCCAUGCGUCCUGCAUAGCGUUGGGGGGGAUCCAUACUGUUGCACCGUUAGGGAUUGAUUCCCCAUCUUUUGCACAAGCCUCAAAUAGGCUAAGGGGGGGGGUGUCGCAUAGUAAUAAAAUCACCACCACCAAAAAAAAA